AAUACGCUAUUUUAUUCGAUAACCACUGCAAAUGACCGACCAUAUUAUAUAAAUAAAAUCAUUGAAACAUGAUCUACAAGCUUUAUCAACCCUACCGUCUGAUACGCUUAUUCGUGAAGAUUUAUAUCUUCGUCUUUAUGAUCUUGUACAUUGGAUCGGUCCUUUCAAUUUUCUAUCUACAAUAUCAUUUAAGACGCGAUCUUUUCAGACGGCGUUACGGCCAGCUCCCAUAAUGCAGCGCGAUAAAGCCGAUCGUCAGUAUUAUGAAAUGAAUGUUAGCAACGAGUCUUAUAGCUGCAAUUGUUUUUUUUAAUCGCCAGCUACGCGAAUGGGACGUGAAGACAUUACUAUUUUCGUAACGCGACGUUGAUAAAUAAUUUAAGCAAAAGAUGGUUUUCUCGGCUACUCAAAAGGACGUAGAUAGUAACAAUUACGUAGAGAAUCGGUUGGCCGUCGAUGCAUGCCAUGACAUGGCAGAGGGGAACGGGGAAAUAAAAGCAGAGGACAAACAGUCCAAAGAAGAGAUGGAGUAUGUUGAGAGAACGGAAGAUUACUUCAAGCUCAUACAAUAUGGACUGACUGAAAAAGUUGCUGGCAAGCUUGAUGAAAUCUACAAAACUGGAAAACUUGCUCAUGUAGAUCUGGAUGAAAGAGCUCUCGAUGCGCUUAAGGAAUUCCCCGUCGAAGGAGCGCUUAAUGUCCUUACGCAGUUCUUGGAAUCAAAUUUGGAACAUGUAUCUAAUAAGUCGGCGUACUUGUGUGGAGUUAUGAAAACUUACAGACAAAAGAGUCGCGCUGGUCAAGGAACUGGAAGUACUAGCACAACACCGAAGGCACCCGAUGAAGAUAAAAUAAAGAUGAUAUUGGAAAGAACUGGCUAUCCACUGGAUGUCACAACUGGGCAACGAAAGUAUGGAGGUCCACCACCAAAUUGGGAAGGAGCAACACCUGGCACGGGUUGUGAAGUAUUUUGCGGAAAGAUUCCAAAAGAUAUGUACGAAGAUGAGUUGAUACCUCUUUUUGAGAAAUGUGGGAAAAUUUGGGAUCUGAGGUUAAUGAUGGAUCCUAUGACUGGUACAAAUAGAGGAUAUGCCUUUAUAACAUUUACAAACAGGGAUGCAGCACAACAAGCUGUGAGAGAGCUCGAUAAUUACGAAAUAAAACCCGGCAAGAAUCUGAAAGUAAACAUUAGCGUUCCUAAUCUACGACUUUUCGUGGGGAACAUACCAAAGUCAAAAGGCAAAGAGGAGAUCUUGGACGAGUUUGGUAAAUUAGCAGCCGGCUUGACCGAGGUGAUAAUCUACAGUUCACCAGAUGACAAGAAGAAGAAUCGUGGUUUUUGCUUCUUGGAAUAUGAAUCCCAUAAAGCUGCUUCGUUGGCUAAGAGAAGACUUGGCACAGGUCGCAUGAAAAUUUGGGGCUGUGAUAUCAUUGUUGAUUGGGCUGAUCCGCAAGAAGAACCUGAUGAACAAACUAUGUCUAAAGUACGCGUACUAUAUGUAAGAAAUUUGACACAAGACUGCUCGGAGGAAAAACUGAAAGAGUGCUUUGAACAACAUGGCAAGAUCGAAAGGGUGAAAAAGAUCAAAGAUUACGCUUUUGUACAUUUUGAAGAUCGAGCAUGUGCCGUAAAGGCAAUGCGCGAGUUGAACGGUAAGGAAAUGGGUGGCUCCCAUAUAGAAGUUUCGUUAGCAAAACCCCCAUCUGAUAAGAAGAAAAAAGAAGAGAUGCUGCGUGCACGAGAACGUAGAAUGAUGCAAACAAUGCAGUUAAUGCAGAGCCGUGGCGGGUACGACAAUGCCUUAGGAUCUCCCUCGCAUCCGGCUAUGAUGGCUGGUCCAAUGCCAGUCCGUGGACCUGGACAAGGUCCUCGCGGUACUGGCGCUGGUUUGCGUGGGCCAUUGACGCGGAACGACACCUACGAUUAUGAUUACGACUAUUACGGUUACGGGGAUUAUCGAGGUGGCUACAGUGAUCCAUAUUACGAUGACUAUUAUCGAUACGAAGAUUACUAUUUCGAUUACGCGCCGCCUCAGCCACCUGCCAGAGGGAGAGGCAGGCAGCCUCAACCGGCUGGACGUGGUCGUGGAGCGGCAGUAGCACGUGGCCGAGUCGCUGGCACCCAAGCACGUGGGCUAGUUCGGGGGGGGCGCAACCCCGCAGCUACAGGGGUCCGUGGGGCCCAACGGCCAGCCGCUCGUGGGGGGGUGGUCCGCGCCAAGGGAAGUUUACCAGGUGAGGAUGCAGGUAAGCGAAAGUUUGACGGGGGUCACCAGAACCAGGGGGAAUCUAAACGUCGCUUCCAGAGCAGCUGGGGGAACCAGCCCCUUGCCCAGCAACCAUUGGGCAACGCGUAUGCAAUGGCGAGUGUGAACGGUGGCGGAGGCGGCGGUGGCGGUUCAACGGGCGAGCGAGCCGGCGGCGGCGGAGGCGGUUCGGCAUCCGCCGACGACGAAUGGUACCAUGACUUUUAUCAGUCCUGGAGCUAACUUCGGCAGCCGGCUCCUCAGUUGUAAGAGCGCGUAUGAGAAAUAGAGUGAGAGAGAGAGAGAGAGAGAGAGAGGCGUGCGUGAAUAUGUGUUUCUGUGUUUCUG